UUUUUUUCAGUAAUUUCGUUGGCAACUCAGGUUUUGGAUUUCUAUUAGUGCGACUCAUAUUAUUUACGUUAUUUUUUCACUAAAAUAAUGGCUAAACGUAAAAAUAAACCUCUCAUUGAUUCAGAUUCAAGCAGCGAGUGCUCAGAUUUGGAUUCGCAAUUCCUAAACUUGGCUAAGAAGAAGAAGAAGCCUGGUGACGCUCCGUCUGCACCCGCUAAAGCCAAGAACACAUCAGACAGCGAAUCAGACUGGGAUAAUGAUGAUAAGAAAAACUCAGCGAAGUCCGGUGGCUCCUCCUCAUCAGGGUCGGACUCCAACAGCGACAGUGACAACUCGAAGGCGUCCAGCAAGAAAGCUACAGGCAGGAACUCCAGAAAACCCUCAGACGUGGGCUCGGACCGCUCGGACAGCAGCAAGAAGAAACCGGAGAGAAAGAAGAGUGUGGAGGCGCCCCCGCCGCCUGUUGAGAAGAAGAAGGAUGUUUAUAGUGAGCCGGAGGAAGGUGAGGUGUCGUCGCACUCGUCAGAUAAUGAUUCGAUGAUAGAUUCCGAAGAGGAAUUCGACGAUGGUUACGAUGAAAACCUCAUGGGUGAUGAAGAGGACCGCGCGCGCCUCGCCGCCAUGAGCGAGAAGGAGAGGGAGCAGGAGAUCUUCAAGAGGAUAGAGAGACGAGACCUGAUGAAGACCAGAUGGGAGAUAGAGCGCAAGCUCCGCCUCGCCCGUCGGUCUGCCGGCGCCUCCCCCGGAGAGAUAGCGAGACGCAAGCAGGCGCGGAACAAACGCAGGGAACGCAAGCAGGCGCGGAACAAACGCAGGGAGAGACGGCCUGAGAAGGAGAAGCAAGCCGCCGAAACAGAGAAAGAAGAACAGAGACAGAAAGAGCCAGAGAAAGAGAAGGAAGUACUAUCUCCCAGCCCCGGCGAGAUACAGGAUAGCAACGAUAAGGAUGCUUCAGAACAAUCCGAGCGUUCAACCUCUCCCCUUGGCUUCGGCCUGAAAACGGAACGCAAACGUAAUGUCGACGACAAGCGACAGAACGCGAUGGCGGCGCUCCGGGCGCAGCGCGACGCCAAGGUGCUCCGAACCCCGCGCGACGACGACGAAGACCUAAUAGGCGGGUCAUCCAAAGGCUCCGUCAAGCUGAAGGCUUCAGACAUCUACUCGGACGACUCGGGCUCCGAGUCGGACGACAAGUCGCCGCCGCGCCGCAGCCGCAGCUCCGAGUCGGAGUCUUCGGGCGGCGAAGAAGAGACGACACAGGACAGGAGAGAAAAGGACAGAAGAGAGAAAGAGGUCGAAGUGAGAUACGCGGACUCGAGGGAUCAGAUCAACAAACUCAGACUUAGCAGAUUUAAACUAGAGCGGCUGGUUCACCUCCCGUUCUUCGCUCGCGUGGUGACCGGCUGCUUCGUGCGCAUCGGCAUCGGGAACAACAACGGCAACCCUGUAUACAGAGUAGCAGAAAUAAUAGACGUGUACGAGACAGCCAAAGUCUACCAACUGGGAGGCACCCGCACCAACAGGGGGCUGAAGUUACGACACGGCGCGCAGGACAGAGUGUUCCGACUCGAGUUCGUCAGCAAUCAGGAUUUCACGGAAGGCGAAUACACAAAAUGGCACAAAGCGAUAACAGACGCGAAAAAACUACCCCCCACCAUGGACUUUGUGCGGUCGAAGAUCCUAGAAGUUAAAGAAGCCCUAAUUUACGAGUUUAAGGAGGAAGAUAUAGAGAAAAUUGUACAAGAGAAGUCUAGAUUUAGGUCCCACCCCACGAAUUAUGCCAUGAAGAAGACUCAGUUGAUGAAGGAAAGAGAUGUUGCUCAAUUGAGAGGCGACGACGAAAUAGUGCUAGACCUAAACGCAAAAAUACAAGAACUGGAGGAAAGAGCCAGCCAUCUGGACAAGACUAGAACAUCGUCUAUACAAAGCAUAUCCUACAUCAACAACAGAAACAGAAAACUCAAUGUGGAGACUGCCGAGAAAGCUAUUAUGGAAGAGGUAAAAGCAAUGAAAGGCAAAAAAACAGACGACCCGUUCACCCGCCGACACACCAAGCCGGUCAUGAACUUCAAGUCCAACGCGAGUCGGACACAACAACUACUAGCUCAGGAGGCUGAAGUGGAACCUACUGAGGAGGAGAAGGAGAUUGCUGAGGCUACUGCUAGGGAGAUUGCGGAGACGCAGAAGCAAGCGGAGAGAGAGAAAGAGAGGGCGGACCAACAGAAGGCGACCGACAACACGAGUCUGUACUCGCUGCACGACUUCGACAUCAACAUCGACCUAGAUCUGCCUAUAGCUAAAGUAAACACAAACAUCCAACCCAAGCCUCUGUCAACGAAAGCCAAGGACAGCGGGCCGAAACGAUCACUCAAUCUAGACGAGUACAAGAAACGACACGGACUCAUUUGAGUGUACUACAAGAAGUCUCGUCGUAAGAUACACUGUAAGAUUACGUUAUAGCAGUCGUUUUGAGUACACUACCAAUGUUACACGGAGGUUAUAACUGUGAAAACCGUUCAACAUU